AUGCCGAAAGCCACAAUUCUCAGAUCAGUGACGGUCCGAGUGCUGGUCACUUUCGUCACCUUGCUUGUGUUUCUCUCGACUCUGGCCGCGGCUGAUGCUGUGGAUCACCCCAAGCUACGCGUCAAGGGCGGGCUGGGGCGGGCUGGUACCCCAGCUGAGGUGAUUGCAAGUGCGGCAGCAUCAGUCACGGGUUCCAACUCCAAAUCGUACCCUAGAGGCUAUUCGGCCGUCAUUGCUUUCGGUGCCUCGUAUAUGGGUGAGUCCUCCGCUUCGUCGGAGGUCCAGCCAACCCCGUGUUCAACGAUCCCUCGUCGUGCGAUAUCCCGCAUGGGACAUCGCUUUACGCUCACAGACAACGCUCACAAACGGUCCAAGAAGUACGCCACCUCUUUUCGCGACCAGCAAGAGUAUCCCUUUUCGGACCAAGGACGCUAUACGAACGGUCCCGUUGCGGUUGAGUACAUGGUUAAGCCGAGCACCAAUCCCGCGCUUAGGCCAUUUCAAAUUGAGCCGCCGGUGCUUUUCGAUUGUAAGCCCCUAUUCAUGGCAAAACACACCGGCUCUUAGGAGCUGAGCGUCAGAUAUUUUUUUCUACCGACAGUUGCGUAUGGUGGUUCGGUGAUCAAGAACAAUCUGACUGGAACGGCAGGGCCGCACAAUAUUCCCGAUCUGGGCCGCGAAGUACGCUGUAGCAGUAGAUCUCGUCGAUUCCGAGGCAAGGAACUGACUGGGCCACUGCGGCAGAUUAAACAAUAUCUCGAGCAGCUGGACGAUGAGGUCAUUGAUCCUGGAAGAGGUCGUGUAUUGCAUGUUAUUCACACCGGUAAGUAUCCAACCUGAUGUCAUUUGGUGGACCUGGACCAUCCUGAGCUUCCGUCUCGUGAUUUGCCCUUAAUAGGCACCAACCCCAUCAGUCAAAUGUGGCUGCACGCUCUUACCGCCAACAUCACCCAUGCCAAGACGAGACGGUCCAUCGGCAAACAAGUCACUCAGAUGGCGAAGUAUAUCCGAUACCUGGCUACCCAUGAUUCGCUCCGAGAGUGAGUUCGACCUCAACGAUCAUAGGGGUCAGAUGAUUCGCGAAAGCUAACACGAUAAAAGGCGAUUGGACGUCCGCAUAGUAAUGUGGUCGUUGACGACUAUCUAAUCGUCGGUGUUCCUCCUCUGAGUAUUGUUCCAAACCUCUACUUCAAUUACAUCGCGGCAUUCCCCAACCAUACGGCGGCCCAACGCGAUGCUGCCCUCGAGUACGCCGGCGAGCUGGUCGAUUUGUUCAACGUUGAGCUCGAGGCGUUCACCUCGAAUCUCAAAGCGUACGUGAAACCCGGCAGCAGGGUUCUGUAUUACGACCUCGCCAACUUGGUCAGUCGGAUUGCCACCACACGAACUUGAUGAGUUCUAGUCCCUUACGCUGAUCCUGCCCCAAACUCAUCUCGACCAGUUCAAGACCAUCUAUCGCUUUCCUCGCGCUUACGGCAUCACGCACCCCGUCACACAAGCCUGUUGGAACUCGUCCACCAGAGUCCUGUGCAAAGACCCCGAACACCAUCUCUACAUCGACACUUUACAUCCCACGACCUCGGCUCACAAGAUCUGGGCGUCUAGGAUGAACCGCCUGGUCAACAAGGUGGCGAGACAGGCGGAUGCGAAGACUCUGGAAACCACAGUUGAAGAUGACCCGACGACCGCCGAUCAUCCAUCGUCGAAAACUGACGAUGAACCGUCGUCGAGCCCAGGGGACCUGCGUUGUUGA